UUCCCCAGCAUUGACGCCUCAUUGAGUCUUUUCUUAGUUGAGAGCUGAUACAGCUGCCACAAUGGCUGGGCGGACAUCGCAGGCGGCAACCAAGGACAAGCCGUCCAACUCGAAUAAGCGAAAGCUCCUCGACGACAGCGACUCCGAUUCAGACGAUGCAGGAGCAGCAAUUGGAAGCUCAGGAUUCAAGGUGAACGAGGAAUACGCGCGCCGUUUCGAAUACAACAAGAAACGAGAGGAGAAGCAAAGAUUGGAGGAGAAGCUCAAGAGAGAAGAGGACGACGACGAUUCCUCCUCCACCGAUGAGACAGAAGACGAAGACGGUUUCCUCGCGACUGAAGACCUGGACGCACAAAUCUCUGCUACACUGCAAGCCAUUCGGAACAAGGACCCCCGCGUCUACGACAAGGAUGUUACUUUCUUCCAACCCGACGACGACACUGCGACCGCCGCAGCGACCAAGGAGAAGAAGGAGAAGCCGGUCUUUCUCCGCGACUACCAGCGGGAGAAGCUUUUGAGAGGCGAUAUCGGCGGUUCAGAUGACGACGAGGACGCUCCGAAAACAUACCAGCAAGAGCAGGACGCAAUCAAGCAAUCGCUCUUGUCCGAGAUCAACGCUGCCAAGGCGGAGCAAGACUCGGACGAAUCAGACGAGGACGAGGACGGAUUCAUCAAGCGGAAAGAACCCGCGCAAACUGAUUCCAACGGCGUCCACCCUUCCAGAGCAAAGGCCGUGAAGCUCUCUGAAGUCGACGUGGACAAUGCAGACAAGGACCCCGAGACGUUCCUGUCCAACUUCAUGGCAGCGCGGGCCUGGGUGGCCGAUGAGGGUUCAAGGAAUUGGGAGGCUUUCGAGUCCGACGACGGAGAGGACAACAUCACCCGGGCGGAGGAGUUCGAGGCGGCUUACAACCUGCGGUUCGAGGACCCGGAAAAGAGCAACGAGGUUCUCAAGUCAUAUGCCCGAGACUUUGCCGCUGCGCGAUCCGUCCGACGAGAGGAGAAGACGGGCAGAAAGCGUCAGAGAGAACUCGAGCGCGAGAGGAAGGAGGCCGAGAAGCAGCAGCGCCGCGAGGACAAGGCCCGGUUACGGAAGCUGAAGCUCGAGGAGACCGAGGCCAAGCUCCAGAAGAUCAAGCAGGCGGCCGGAGCGUUUGGCAAGGAGCUGACGGACGAGCAGUGGAUGAAGUUCUUGGACGACGCGUGGGAGAACGACAAGUGGGAGGACGAGAUGAAGAAGUGGUUCGACGAGGAGUACUACGCCAUCAACGAGGCGAAUGCCGCCUCCGAAGACGAGGACGCCAUGGACGUGGAUGGCCAGGACAAGAAGAGCAGCAAGAAGAAGGCGAAGCCCAAGAAGCCCAAGUGGGACGACGACAUUGACAUCAAGGACAUCAUUCCCGAUUUCGAGGACGAGGAAAAGCCCAAGAUUACACUAACCGACGACGAACCGCAAGACGACGACAACGACGAAGCGGAAGACGACGACGACGAAGAAGAGCCCGCCGCCAAAAAGCGCAAAUCCUCCGACCACAAGCGCGCCAAGCAAGAAUCCCAAAAGAAGGCCCGCCAGGAACGCUCCAAACUAGAAGCCCUCGUCGACGCAAAGCUGCAGCUAACAGACCACGACGUGCUCAAGAAGCAGGAGAAGGAAGCCGCCUCUGCAGGCGGGUUCCGCUACCGCGAGACGUCGCCGCAGGCGUUUGGCCUGACGGCGCGCGACAUUUUGCUCGCGCCGUCGGACAAGGUGCUCAACGAGUACGCGGGGCUGAAGAAGCUGGCCACGUUCCGGGACGUGGAGAAGAAGCGCAAGGACCGCAAGAUGCUCGGGAAGAAGGCCCGGCUGAGGCAGUGGCGGAGGGAAGUCUUUGGCGGGGAGUACGAGAGCACGGGGCCGACGUAUGGGUUUGAGCGGCUGGUUGGUGCUGAAGAAGAAGAGGAGCAUCAUAAGAAGAAGACGAAGAAGAGGAGUAAGGACAAGGGCAAGGAGAAGAGUAAAGACGGGGAGAAGGAGGGGGCGAGUAACAUUAUUGGGGACGUUGAUGGGACGAGGAAGAAGAGGAAGAGGUCAAAGGGCAAGAAGGGCAAGACGGAGAGCGAGAGCUGAUUUCUUGCGUCCUGAUGCUCUGAAUUCCCUUUUUUUGUCUUUUUGCGCCGUCUUUUGUUUUGUUGUUGGGAGUGUAUAUCUAUGUGUAGAGGAGAAGCAAAAAGUACGGG